GGACGAUAUCCAUAGAAUCGUGCGUCAAUAUACGGAUGAUCCAAAAACAGCAUCCAAGAUUAUUGACAAACAUUUGCGAGAUCGAAAUUUUGUGGUCUUCGAUUUUACUAAGGCAAUUGAUGAUCCUCUCACAAUUAGAUUAGGUUGGGAUACACCUUUAAAAUUGGAUGAGUAG